AUGGCUCCUCGAGACAACAACUGCCCUGCGCUGCCCAAGCUUUGCACUGAUCCUGCCAUGAUCCACGGUGAGGCCAUGACCUUGACCUACCUCUGCCCCGAGAAGACUGUGGGACCAUCCACCGUUCAUGUUACCGUCACUGCGACUACCACUGUCACGCUGCUCCCGACCAACAACGCUCCUGCGAUCCCUUCCAAGAAUGCGCCUCCUCCUGAAGAGCCUACGACUACGACUACCAUCAAGUCUACGCUCACUCAGUACAAGACCAUCACUGUCAUCAGCAAGCAUGCAAGCUCUUCCCUGCGCAUUCUCACUCCACCAGUCAUCACAACAUCGUUCUCCCAAGGUGUUCCUCCGCCGUUGCCUAGCUCUUUAGCUCUGACGCCAUCUGUCGGCAACGGAACCAUCAGCAGUGUUUCAUACACCCAUCACACGAUCUCCAACUCAUCUGCCAUCGUCCCUACCCCAUUCUACCCCAACAUCACCUCUCAUAGCGGCUACGCUGCACCGACUCUCAAUAUCGCAAGGGAGGUGAAUCCUACUCACACCGCGAUGGCACUUAGCAAGGGUAUGGCUGACCAGACGGGAGUGUCACCCGUCGCGCUGUUCCUCGGCUUUAUGGCCGCUGUCUAUCUUACCUGA